GACUUGCCCGCAGACCCUACAGCCUUCCCCUCGAUUUGUCCUCUUGCUCCUUCCUGCUCGGACAGCAGGGCUUCUCAUACACGUGCUGUAGCAGGCACUGCCUUGGCAGGAGGAUUUGGGGCUUCCACAUAUCCUGUUCUCAAGAUAGUAGCAUCUAAGUACCUAGAGCCCAGUCACUGACAUCAAGGAUGUCUGGAGCUUCCUUUUAAGGAGAGAAAAGAUCAGCAAACUUGCCUGUUCCUGUUUACACUUCCACCACCUGUUCGUGAGAGUUCCUGUUCUGCAUCUUCAACACUAGUAUUAAGUGCACUGGCCUUUAGUCUGUUAGAAAGCAUACAAUGGCUACAGAUGUUCAAUUGGCUGAUUAUCCACUGAUGAGUCCAAAGGUUGAGCUGAAACCUGAGAAGAAGUCAGGGCGUAAGCCAAGGAGCCCCAGGGACAGUGCGCCACAGAAAGAACUGGUGAUCCCAGGGAUUGUGGAUUUCGAGCGGAUCCGCCAGGCAUUGAGGACCCCCAAGCCCCAAACCCCUGGCACCUACUGCUUUGGACGCCUCAGUCACCACUCCUUCUUCUCCCGGCACCACCCACACCCCCAGCACGUGACCCACAUCCAAGAUCUCACCGGGAAGCCUGUCUGUGUCGUCAGGGACUCUCCAGCCCCCUUGCCUGAGUCAACUGUCUUUUCCGGCUGUCAGAUGGGGAUGCCCACCAUCUCUUUCCCCAUUGGAGACCCACAGUCUAAUCGGAACCCCCAGCUUUCUUCUGAAGCCUGGAAGAAGGAGUUGAAGGAGCUGGCUUCCCGGGUGGCCUUCUUCACCAAGGAGGAUGAGCUGAAGAAGAAAGAGCAGAAGGAGCAGAAGGAGGAGCCUCUGCGGGAGCAGGGGGCAAAGUACUCAGCAGAGACUGGGAGGCUCAUCCCCGCUUCUACCCGGGCUGUCAGCCGCCGCAGAUCUCACCAGGGCCAGCAGAGUCAGUCUUCCAGCAGAGAUGAAGGAGUCCAGGCCUUCCUCCUUCAGGAUCAGGAGCUGCUGGUCCUGGAGCUCCUGUGUCAGAUCCUGGAAACAGACUCGCUAAGCGCGAUCCAGUUCUGGCUGCUCUACGCUCCGCCCAAGGAAAGAGACCUCGCUCUGGGACUCCUGCAGACAGCAGUGGCUCAGCUCCUUCCCCAGCCCCUAGUCUCCAUCCCUACAGAAAAGCUCCUAAACCAGCUUCAAGAAGUGCACGAACCUCCUCAAGAGAAGCAAGAGCCACCCUGCAGUCAAUCCCUGAAGAAAACGAAGAUAUCACAUUUUUCAAAAGGCGAAAAACCAGGGUACAUUGGAGAAGCUCAAGUCCUCCAGAUGCAUUCAAGCCAGAACACAGAGGAGAAGACAUCAAAGCCGAAGGCAGAGAGCUGAGGGGCCCUAACACCUGCCCCUGCCUUGCUCAAGGGCAGCCCCGAGGGUUCAGGGGUGUUUCUGUCUCCACCAUCUUCACAGCAGUACCUGAUUCCCUACCGUGAAAACUACUAAAUAAAACCAUCUUCCCUGAGA